CAACAAUCCUCUGCCGGUCAACUACAAACUGCCCCCACCAGAUACAUACAUCGUCAAAGGCUGCCCAUAAUGGCCAGUAUCGCAAACCAAGUCAUCUUCCAUCCCGUGAUCUCCAGCUCCCUCAAGGUCGGAAACACAACUGUCGGUCGUGAUAAACUUUACCGUACCAUCCAGUACUUUUCUCGUUUCUUGGUCUGGUAUUUCGAGAAAAAUGGAUAUGAUAAACAAACGAUCAUGAGGUUCAACAACCUCAAAUCAGCCUUAGGAGUGUCUCGAAAACUCAUGCGGCUUGGGAAGCCCUUGGAGCAUCUACAAGCUGCCCUCAAAGUGACCAAAGAAAUGUCCGAUCCGGUCGUCGGGGUCUGUGCGGUUGGCCGACAAAUAUCGUAUGCAAUCUAUCUGUUCAACGACAUGAUGAUUUGGGCUGAAAAGAUCAAGUUCAUUUCGCUUGACAAAGUCGAACUAGCGUUGGUCAAUAAACGAGCAGCCCAAUUCUGGAUGGCUGGGAUCUCGUUGAACGUGAUCAGCGGGAUCUACAAGCACCAACAAGUUCAAUCUAAGCUUCGCAGGCUCAAACGGGCUAACAAGUCGUUUGGCGAACAUGAAAAGGAAGAAAAGAAGUAUCAGAUCCAGUCGAUCUCUGCGCAAGCUUUCGCUGUACGAUUGCAAUUGCUCCAAGAUUUCUGUGAUAUUCUAUCGCCGUCGUCUACAUUGGGCUACCAUUCUCUCAACGAUGGCGUGAUUGGAGGAGCAGGAGUCAUUUCCUCAUUACUUGGCCUCAGAUCUCAAGUCAACAAGGUCCUUGGAAGCGGCAUGUGACAUUCCCGAAUCACCUCCUUUCCCAACACGUUUAAUCCCCAAAAACGGUCGUAUUUUUUUCUAUUUUUGAGUCUGACAUAUGUAUAUGAACUCCUUUGCAACUUCUCCACAAAGACUUGGUGUAAAACACAUUUACUGAGCUGUAUUUUAAAGAAAGUAUGAACAAAUCCAAUCACCACAAAACAAAACAUCAACCUCCCCCCAUGUGAACGUGUUUUUUUUCAAAUAUAUUUCAGUUGUAUUAGUGGUCCAAUCAUCAUCAUGUCGGUGCUGCAAUUUAUCUGUUUGCAUUGAAAUACGUACAUACGCUGUACCAG